CAGCGCCUCCCUAGAGCAUGCGAUGUCCGAAAAGCGCAACGACACAUUGUAGUCGAAAUACCCCAGCUCGAGGGGGCCCCCCCUUUCCCAUGCAUUAGCGCGACAGCGUCAAGUGCAAGUGAAAAGUGAAAAAUUAAAAUGAAGCGAAAUUAUCUCUCCGGCAAUCAAAAAAAGAAGAAGAAAAGGGAAGAGGAGCAGAAAAGAAAACAAGACACCGGGGCAUUGCUGAAAUUUCUUCAUCCCGCUCUACCAAGUGUUGUCUCUGGUGCUACUGAAGGGCCAUCAACAUCGUCUUCGUCACAUGUUUAUGAGGAGGAGCAAGUGGAAGACAACAUUGCGGCGUCCACACCACUUCCCAGCAGUGGUUCAACAGAAGCAGUGCCAUCAACUCCAUCACGACUUGAGGAGGAGCAAGUGGAAGCAUCCACACCACUUCCCAGCAGUGGUUCAACAGAAGUGCCAUCAACUCCAUCUCCACUUCAUGAGGAGGACAAAGAGGAAGAUGACAUUGACAUGGCAGAGACCACCCCACCAUCCAGAACUGGGGUACCUGUAGGUAUUGCAAGCACCACAUUAAGUGAUGACCCAGGAUGUUGGCCCAGUGUCCUAACAAGCAGUAUGCGCUGUGAAAUAGUCAAAAAAGGACCUGUGCAAAUCAUGGACAUUGAAUUCCCGCAAAACUUAGACAAUCCUCCUCGAAGAUUCACCAAGGACAGUUACAAAAGAACCAUGAAAAAUGGUGAGAAUAUACAUCGAUCGUGGCUGGUGUAUUCCAUCCACACAGAUGGAGUGUUCUGUUUCCCUUGUACUGUUUUCGGGAAGCGUGAGCGUGACAAUGCCUUAACGACCUGUGGCUACGGUGGAUGGAAGAACCUUUCCUAUCGCCUAAAAAAACACGAGUGCACAAAGGUGCACUGUGACAAUGUGAAAAAGUGGCACGACCUUCAGAGGAGACUGCAAACCAGUACACUGAUUGAUCAAAGACAGAUGGAGUUGAUGCAACUUGAAGUUGAACACUGGAAAGGCGUGAUUCGGAGAGUGAUUGCCAUAGUUUCCCAUCUGGCAGAACGCAACCAGGCUUUGAGAGGAACUACCAGUACCGUGUAUGAUCGCCACAAUGGGAAUUUUCUGGCUCAAGUGGAACUCCUAGCACAGUUUGAUCCGGUAAUGAAUGAACACAUCAGACGAAUACAAUGCAAAGAGACAAAGGUGCAUUACCUGAGUGGAGUCAUUCAGAACGAAAUCAUUCAGCUGGUCGGAGACAAAAUCCUACAGGAGAUUGCAAGAAGAGUGCACAAAGCAAAAUACUUCUCCGUGAUCAUGGAUUGCACUCCUGACAUCAGCCACAAGGAACAACUUUCUGUUGUUCUCAGGAUUGUCAACUGUGAAACACCUGUUUCUAUUGCUGAGCAUUUUUUGGGAUUUGUACAUGUUGAAGACACAACUGGUAAAGGGCUCAGUGAAAUCCUGCUUGACCAGUUGGAGAAGCACAACCUCAGCAUUUCAGAUUGCCGUGGGCAGUCAUACGACAAUGGCAGCAAUAUGAUGGGCCACAAACAGGGUGUGCAGGCAAGAAUUUUAGAGCUGAACAACAAGGCGCUAUGCAUCCCAUGCAGCAGUCACACACUAAAUCUGGUUGUGUCAGAUGCUGCCAAGUCUUCAGUGUUGUCCAUGUCUUUUUUUGGUAUGCUGCAACGACUGUACAACCUUUUCAGUUCCUCUGUGCACCGCUGGGCAAUUUUGAAGCAGCAUGUGAAGCAGCUCACCCUUAAGCCACUUUCAGGGACGAGAUGGGAGGCCCGAAUUGACAGUGUGAAGGUAGUGCGGUACCAUCUACCUGAAAUACUAGACGGACUGUCAGCACUGGAGACAUAUGCUACAGAGAAGGGGGACUCAGAGACCAUGUCCUCAGCAAAAAGCUUACAUGGUGAGCUUAAAACAUGGUCCUUUCUUCUGUGCACAAUAACCUGGUACAACGUUUUGUAUCAGGUUAACCAUAUGAGCAAGCUCCUCCAGAGCCCGGAUGUUUCAAUGCAAACACUGAAAAAAGAAACCGAGGGAGUGACAGAGUACCUAGAAGAUUUCAGGGAAAAUGGACUCGCAUCAAGCCAAACGGAUGCAAUGGAGAUUGCAGAAGAUCUGGAAAUUGAGAGGAAAUUGCCUGAGAAAAGGCAACGUAAAAAGAAAAGGCAGUUCCUUUACGAGAGUACAGAUGAAACCCAAUCGACCCCAGAAGAGGCCUUCAGAAGGGACUUCUUCCUGCCUUUGGUUGACACUGCCAUCACCAGCCUAAAAGACAGAUUUUCCAGACUGGAGGGGGUGUAUGCCCUGUACGACUUCCUGUUCAGCAUUGAUAUCAUGAGGGCCACAAUCAAGACUGGGAAAUUGCAUGAGAGAUGCAGGAAAGUGGAACAAACCCUCCAUGAUAUUGAUGCAGACGACUUGGCAUUGGAGAUCAACUCUGCUGUCCACACCUUUCCAGAUGAAGUAUCCAGGUGCCCAUUUAAAAUGCUGGACUACAUAUACAGUGAGAAGCUGUUGGACCUGUACAGCAAUUUAAGCAUUGCACUGCGCCUACUUCUGACCCUUCCUGUCUCGGUUGCCUCCGGAGAGAGGAGCUUUUCAUCUCUGAAGCGCAUAAAGAAUUACAUGAGGUCAACUAUGAGCCAAGAGAGGCUCUCUGGACUGGCACUCAUGUCAAUUGAGAGUGACGUCCGCAGGUCUUUGGACUUGGAGGGGAUUGUGUCUGCAUUUGCUGAGGCCAAGGGCCGCAAGCAGCAGUUUCAGUAGGAAAUAAAAAAAAAAAUAAAGGCUACUUUUCAGUGUA